AUGGAUCGGCGCUUGCCGCCCACGCUCGCGGAGUGGGAAACGCGGCCGGAUUGGUCCCUUUCCUACUCAUUCACGCCGCCGCCCAUGUUUCAGACCCUCUCCUCCUUCCUACCAUCCACCAUCCAGCAGUUCGGCUCGGAUAAGCCUGCGCCGACGACAGAGGUCGCUCCAGCGCUGCCGAGACAGCCGCCACCGAGCGACAUGCGCCCAGUUGAGGAGCAGCCUGUGAAGAAGAAGAAAGAGCGGACGAACGAAUCGUUCAUUGUUGUGCGACCACCGCCAUCCAAGACGAACCAUCCGCUGAACCUCCAGGUGCAACUUGUUCCGCCGAAUUCGAAAGAACGGCCGAGCAGCCGUCAGUCGACGGACUCGUCAGCAGAGAUUGAUGCCCAGUCCCUCUCGCGGACACCCUCCAAUCGCUCGGAUGCGUCGCUGUAUUCCAGCUACUCGUCCGCAGGUUCGAUAUCGACCGUCGGCUCAUCGUCGACGACAUCGUCCGGGCGGCGCAUGAUCAUCCCGCUGUACAAUCUGCAGGCACACAACGUGAUGCAGAACGUGAUCGUCGACGCCGGCACUGACGCGAAAGUCGCCAAGUUUCUUAAGCGUGGGCUCGAGGUCAUCGGCCUCGCGGUGUUUGAGCCGGUCGAGGUGUGGGGCAGUGGAGCGGUGGGCGUCGACGAAACGGGGCGCCGGGUGAGCAUCGACUACGGGCGCGGCGAGCCCGCGCACACGCCAACGUCGUCUGCGGUCUCGCUGAACACGUAUGAGUUCGCGCACGAGCCGAGCACCACGCCGCUCGCCCGCGUUGUGUCGCCGCCGGCUACACCGACCACGUCCAGUGCGCGUUCGGGCUCGCGCAAGAUUUUCGGGAAGCUCUUCAAGCGCAAGGAGGGUGAUGUGGGGACGCCCCCGCCGUCUCCGCUGCCGCUCAACCAGAGCGUCAUGCCGUCGAUGGACUCGACGCGCUCGAAGCGCACGUCGCUCCUGUCGGCACACGGGCACGUCCUCUCGGCCAGCGUGUCCGAGCCGCCGUUGCAGCCACCGGUACUGGGUAUCCAGCCGUCGCUGCGCUCCCCGACGGUCCCGCCAAAGGGCCGCCCGACGAAGUAUGUGUGGAUCGUGCGCAAGUGGCUGAAGGGCGAGCCGGAGAGCAUGUUCAGGGACGUGAAGGACCGGCUGCAGGAGGCGCGGAACGGGAACGCGGCGGCGGGUCUGGAGGGUGUUGUCGAGGUGCGCUUUGAGUGGAGCCGUGGGGGGAGCACGCAGAAACGCGGGCGGGAGGGGGAGCAUGUGCGGAGGGAGAGCACCCGGAGGCGCAAUCGAGCGAGUCUCGUAGGGUCCUCGGCCACACCGUCGACGGCAUCCCUGCAUCACCCAUCCACACAGUCGCCGGUCCGGCAGCCACAAUCGCAGUCCCAGCGCACGCUUUCGCCGGGGAACGCCCCACGGCGCUCGGUCGACUCUGCGCGCUCCAUCUCGCCCGGACCCGCCAGCAUCGUCACCGGCGAGUCGACUGACGAGAGCGGCCGCGCGGCGCGGAGAGAACGGGAAGAGGACGACGGGGACGAGUCCGAUCCCGAGGACUCUGAGACUCCAUGGACGUGCACGCUCGUCGUGCGGCGCCUGCACGCGCCCCCGCCCGCGCGCUCGCCACAGCACCUCGGCGCCGGCGCCCCGCCGCAACAGCAGCCGCCACAGAGCAUCCGCGUCAAGGUCGCGGCAGUGGUUCCCACGCCGCAUCACCCGAAGGUGGUUGCGCUGCUCAAGGUGGCGUUUCCGCUGCCUGAUGUGGAGAUAGAGCGCGUCGCGGUGCACAGACGCGUCGUCACGCCGCAAGGCAUCGCGCGGCCUGCGGUGUCGCCCCUGCCACCCGCGGCGCCCUCGGGCGGCAGCGGGAAGUCCAGCAAGUUCUGGGGCGGGGGCGGCGGCGGGAAGGAGAGUGGGCGGGUGGAGGCCGGGCGCCCGGCGAGCGUGAUGCUAACGGCGGAGGAGAUCAAGGAUGUGGUGUCGUGCACGGCUCUGUGGCUUGUCGUGCGGGAGGGCUUUGGCGGUGUCGGACGGGAACGCAGGAAGGGCGAUCGAUGGAUGCUCCGGGGAUGAAUGCAGUCGUGCGCCGUGGCAGAUGGCGCGGUCGGGGUGGUGGGUUUCUUUCUUCGCAUAGGUAUAUUGGCUUGCUCUAUUUUGGGGGAAUGGCUAGGGCGGACGGACGGCGCCCCUUGCUCGCUCGACUCGAUUGGUAUCAUAGUAAUGUCUCAGUGUCACGUCUUCACGACCGAGGACUCAACAAGGAUUACUCCUGCCCACGGUACUUACGCUACGCUUGUCUGCCACACACGUUCUGUAGUGCAGCAUAUCCUCGACUAAUGUACGGGCUGUGCCACGUCCCGACCA